GGGCGCUGGCGGCCGCUGACCUUCCUGUAAUCCCCGGCGUUGCAUCGCGCCGCCACUGCCGCCGCCGCCGCCGCCGGGGGUUGCCGCGCUCGCUCUAUCACCCGCUCACCCACCGAGGGAAGGGAUCUUUGGAGGCCGGCGAGCGUGAAGGGGGAUGGCGAGUGAGAACAGGCGGCAGUUCUGGAAGCGAAACAGCAAGGUUCCCGGAAGUAUUCAACAAGUUUAUGGAGCACAGCAUCCUCCAUUUGAUUCCCGGCCACACAAAAACUUACUUAAAGAAGGUUCCAAGAUGUACGCACAGUCAAAGUCCAAGAGAGCUUCAAGUUUUCAUGAAUUUGCAAAAAGCACCAGUGAUGCUUGGGACAUUGGGGAUGAUGAAGAAGAGGAGUUCAUGUCUGUGGCUUCCCAAGGCCUUAAUUCAAAGGUUGCAAUGGCAACAGCAGCUCAGGUCAUUCAGAACCACAAUAAAUUAAAGGAUCAGACAGGAGAAAAAAUGCAUCAGUCGGAAUCAAUCGAUGAGUCUAAAACAAAUGGCAAAGUGGUCAAGUCAAACAGCGAAGUGCAACUGUCAAAGUCUUCAGGUAGAAUAACGCUCCAGAAACAGCAGUCACUCCCUUCGCGCCGUGUUAUUCCAUUAGUGGCAAGAAUCUCAGAUCAGAAUGCAUCAGGGGCACCACCAAUGACUAUCAGAGAAAAGUCUCGCCAGGAAAAGUUCAGGCAGCUUUUAAGUAGUGCACAUACAGAUUUGGAAGAACUAAGGAAAUACAGCUGGUCUGGUGUUCCACGAGACGUCCGCUCUGUGACGUGGAGACUAUUGUCGGGUUAUCUACCUGCAAAUAUGGAAAGAAGGGAAAUCACCCUACAGCGAAAGCGGGAAGAAUAUUUUGGGUUUAUUGAACAAUAUUAUGACUCCAGAAAUGAGGAACAUCACCAAGAUACCUAUCGGCAGAUUCACAUUGACAUUCCUAGAACGAAUCCACUCAUUCCCCUCUUUCAACAACCAGCUGUUCAAGAGAUCUUUGAAAGAAUUCUCUUCAUAUGGGCCAUUCGACACCCAGCGAGUGGUUACGUUCAAGGAAUUAAUGACCUGGUUACUCCUUUCUUUGUGGUAUUCCUUUCAGAGCACGUGGAAGAAGAUGUGGAAAACUUUGAUGUUACAAACUUGUCUGAAACAGUCCAGCGGAACAUUGAAGCCGAUAGUUUCUGGUGUAUGAGCAAGCUAUUGGAUGGAAUACAGGACAAUUAUACUUUUGCACAACCAGGGAUUCAGAAGAAAGUAAAAGCACUUGAAGAACUCAUCAGCAGAAUCGAUGAGCAAAUCCACGUUCACUUCAGGAAGUAUGAAGUAGAAUAUCUACAGUUUGCGUUCCGCUGGAUGAAUAACUUGCUGAUGAGGGAGCUGCCUCUUAGGUGCACCAUCCGUCUCUGGGACACAUACCAGUCUGAGCCAGAGGGAUUCUCCCAUUUCCACCUGUAUGUGUGCGCUGCUUUCCUCAUCAAAUGGAGAAAAGAAAUUUUGGAUGAAGAUGACUUUCAAGGUCUACUGAUGUUGUUGCAGAAUCUACCGACAAUCCACUGGGGUAAUGAAGAAGUUGGUCUACUCUUAGCAGAAGCGUACAGACUUAAGUAUAUGUUUGCAGAUGCUCCUAAUCACUAUAGACGAUAAGUGGUUGGCAGAAACAUUGAGAAGUGAUUGAAACUCCUUGCGGUCAUUCAAUUCAAGAUCACAGAAGCAUUGUUGACUAAGACGGCAAAACUUUCAACUACUGUGAAAGUAAUUUCUAUUUACUUGAAGCUUUUCUUAAGCUACUGUUGUAAUAUACUAAGUCGGAGCAAGACUGAGAUCUUACUUCAGUGUGCUCUUAAUGAUGCCUUGCUAAAUCUUUGAUACUAGGUUAUACAUAGUUCUUAAUUGCAAAGGAUUUAAAAGGCAUUAUAAUGUGUUUCUGUACAAUAUUAUCAUGUAUAUGUCCUUAAUUUGAACUACUGUGAGCUUAUCCUGAGAAAAUUAGUUUAAGCACUUGGGCUUAGUGUGCAUAAGGCAGAUUAGUUAAUAUUUACUCAUUCUUAAGCACAGCUGACAUCCAAUUUGAAAUAUUUUUAAUUGUGAUUCUUUUAAGGAUAUAAAUUUCCCUUCAGCUUCAUUUUAACUUUACCAACAAUUAUUUGUGGUAAACUCUAGCCGAUUUCAUGAGGUGAAAGCAUUUUAAAUAAUUUUGAUUUCUACUAAUUAUCAUUUUUAUAAGCAAAUUGUUUCACUUUAAUGUAGAAUUUGGGAAAUUUGGAAAAAAAGUUUAUUUUUCUUAAAAGACCUGCUUUACGAUGAAUGCUGUUAUAUUGAAAAAAAAAGCCAACUGUAUUGCCAAUAAUGUUGAAUUCAAAAUAUACUUAAGCCAUUCAAGAUUAAAAUAUGUUUCUCAGGUA